CCCCUCGAACUCCAAACCCACCGUCUUCACCGACCACCCACUAUGAACCAGGUAGCUGGCAAUAUCAAGUUACCGAGAACUUGAUAAAAGGUCGAGGGUAUGGCACGACAGCUUCAAGACCCUCAACAUUAAAUUUAGACGAACCAAGGACACAAA